GCGAGGGUGGUGGGGGAGCAAGCAGCAGCACGUGAGGGCAAGAGGCAGGGGCCGGUCGGUCAAGUUGAAGGCAGGAGGGACAAUGCCGAAGGAGUCGAGGAUUCGACAGCGAGCGAGCUUCACGAGCCGACGUUCGAUCGGAGAAGGCGAGAUAUCUCGCUCGGUCUGCAGAGCGGGGCGCAGCGGCGCCACGUGGAGAGCAGCGUCCGACGAGGCAACCGGGGUUCUCGUUCUUUAACCGUGGACACGACCAACUUGUGCAGCGCCACGUAGAUGCGCGAUGGCCGUGAUUGGCUGUGCGCCCUGGGGCAUGAAAUGGACGCCAUCCACCCAUUUGGUUUGGCUCGCUCCCGAGUCCCAAUCCCCCGACGCUGCUCUGCUCUGCGUGCGCACUCUUCUUUGCCUUGGCGCCUGUUGCUCGCUCUCUUGGAAUUCCCUCGGGGCUGAUCGCUGCCCUCGCGCUCGCACCAACUGUCACCACUGGUCGAAUUCCUCCGAGCGCCCAUUCCCCGGGCCUCCCGUCUGGCUUUCCGUUUAUUCCUUGCUGCUUUUUGUUCUGCUUUUUGUUCCGCCCGGGCCGAUUGUUCUUUUGCGGCGCGGGAGAGGGUUUUUCGACGCAAGCAGCAGCGCUCGGCCUCGAUUACGGGAGUCUAUAUCCUUUUUUUUUCGCAUACUACUUCAUUUACUUCCUUCUCCGGAAGAGUCGUAACUUGAACGAGGACGCGGAACUUAUGAAGACAGAGAGGCCUAGUCAUUUAUCGAAAGACUAAUUUCCCCCCGUCAGCAGUUCUGAUCAUAAAAUGGCCACAGGGGUGGGGCUCGCUCCGAUUCACAGCCUGAAUGCUUCAUCCACCUUCUCGUGUCACAAGCAUAAGGUGGGAUCAGAAGCAGCCACGCCUUGCGAUGCGAGGAAUCGCACAAUUUCCAGCUUCCUUCUCACGGGUCCUUCUGGAUCCAGCCUGCACCCGUCGCGAACAUCUCUGCCAUCCGGAAUUUCUCAGGGAUCAGGCCAGUGUUUAUCAGGAGGAAGAUGGAAGUACUCGCGGACGCAAGCCUUUCUAUCGUUAAGGAGAGGCGCUUACCUGCAGCUGAAUUCCUUGUAUGGCGAGAAGGUGGACACUGGUUCGGACGCAAUUUUGCGACUCCCGGUCCGAGGAUUAUGUGGUGCGACAUCUUUUUUGAGUAGUAGAGUUGGGAAUGAUGCGGCCAUUCGUUUCGGUAGAGCUUCUCGAUCGACACGCCAGAAUGGUUCCAAGAGGACUUCGAGUAUUGCUAGGUGUGAGGCUGACAAUGCAUCUUACAAUGACAGGCCAAUGGCGAUGGAUUCGUCAGAAAUCAUUGCUGAAGGUGAUAGGUAUGCUGGUGGUGACAUCUCGUCAAGCAAGAAUGGCAGUGUUGUGGAGGAGGUUUCUCAAAGCACUCCAGUAGCAUCACAGGAAUCCAAGGAUGAACCGGACGAGGACUCCCCGUUAGAAGUUUUGAAGGAGAUUCUUCGUGCGGCACAGGAGGAUCUCGUUGACUGUAGGAUUAAUAGUGAAAAGACUGAGGAGCAAGCUCAGAUGGUCGCUGAAUUGGCCAUUGCGUUGAGGGAUGAGGCUGCCGAUGCUGAAAAGCUGGCAAAUGCCACCAUGAGCAAAGUGGAAGAUCUACUCGGAGAGGAAUCGAAGGCAGAAGAAGAGUUGAUCAAAGCCACAGCUGCGUGCGUCAAAGCUGGAGAAGUGGUUAAGCAAGCCGAAAAAGCCUUGGAAGAAGCGUUGCGUAAGGUUCAGGCCGAGAAAGACCAGCAACCUGUUCUGGAAGCGAGUCUGAACGAGGAAGAUGCACAGGAUGUGGCAAAGGCCAAACUAGAGUUAUACACGGAGCGGACCGUGGAGACGAGUGUGACAGUGGAUGAUUCUGCUGGCUCGGAACCGGUAGAAGUUCUAAUGGACACUGAAACAACCGUGACCAACACGAAAGUGUCAGUGGAAGGCAUGACACCAGCCGCAGCGUUGUCUGUUGCGAACUCCAUACUCCACGAAUCGGAGAUGCUCGAAAAAGCCAAGGCUGGCUUUAGAGAGGCCGAACUAAUUGUUGCAAAGUGCGAAUUAGAUCUCUCUCGUAUACUAACUGAGAAGCAAGAAAGUCAGCAAGAGCUUAUGGCCCUAACUCAGGCCGCUGACAAGGCAAAGGAAACUGCCUUGGCUGCAGAUGAAGAUGUAGCAAAAGCCAUGGCGGAAGCAGAGAAGGCAGUUGCUCUUGAACUUCAUGUAGCACAGCGAGUGAGUGAUGCUGAAAUUGCUUUGCAAAAAGCAGAGAGUUAUGCCUUGGAAGCUGUGUCGAAAGCAGCAGCUUUUGCUGCGGCUGAAGCAGAAAAACUUGCACAACAAGUUGGAAAAACUCUAGAGCAAAUGGAGGAGGAGCUGGAGCAUAGAGGUGAAGUGGAGCACGAUAUGCCUUCUGAGACUAGAUCCGCUGUGAAGGAUAUUGAAAGGGUGGACAUCGCGGAAGAAGUUGCAACCAAGGUUACUCCUGUUUUGGAGAAGAUGCAGGAUGAGGAACCGAAGGCAUCCGAGCCUGAGAAGGUAGAAGCAAUGAAGGAACCUGCUGCAUCGAAAUCAAAGAAGAGGUCAUCUCGGUUCUUUCCCGCUUCUUAUUUUUCAUCGGACGACGGUGAAGAGUUUUCACCUGGUAAGGCUUUCGCCACGUUUGCGACAAACUUGAAGCCGCAGCUGGCGAAGAUAAUAAUCGGCACCGCUCUUUUGCUUGCUGGAGGUGCUUAUGUGAACAAUCGCCUAGAAAAACGGGCUAUGCUACCGCCGGCCCCGGAGUACAGCAGCAGUAUCCAACAAGUCACCGCUGACCCGAAGCCAAUUAUUAGAGAAAUUAAGAAGCUGACUAAUCGAGUUAAGGAGAUGGUGGACAAGAUACCAUCUCAAGAGGUGAACGAGGAAGAGAGGUCUCUCUUUGAUGUUCUUUGGCUUCUUCUAGCAAGCGUGAUUUUUGUGCCUCUAUUUAUGAAGAUUCCAGGAGGUAGUCCAGUGUUAGGUUAUCUUGUCGCUGGGGUUCUCAUUGGACCACACACUUUACACAUCAUUCGACAUGUACAUGGAACGAAGGCUAUUGCUGAGUUCGGAGUCGUUUUCCUCCUCUUCAACAUUGGUCUUGAGUUGUCAGUUGAAAGGCUGAGCUCAAUGAAGAAGUACGUCUUUGGCCUCGGAACUACUCAGGUUUUGGCCACUGCUGCAACUAUAGGGCUUUUUUUGCAUUUCGUCACAGGGAUGUCUGGUCCAGCAGCACUUGUGAUCGGCAAUGGGCUCGCGUUGUCAUCGACUGCUGUAGUUCUUCAGGUUCUACAGGAGAGAGGGGAAAGCACAUCUCGCCACGGGCGAGCAACUUUUUCUGUACUUCUUUUCCAGGAUCUUGCCGUGGUGGUACUGCUCAUCUUGAUUCCUCUUCUGGGAGCAAAAGGCGGGGUUGGAUUUAAAGAAAUUGCCGAAGCGCUCGGUAUUGCGGCAAUCAAAGCAGUAAUCGCCAUUUGUGGUAUCAUUGCUGGUGGACGAUUGUUAUUGCGUCCUGUAUACAAGCAAAUGGCGGAUAAUCACAAUGCUGAAAUAUUUGCGGCAAACACCCUUCUCGUUGUUCUUGGGACCAGUGUCUUGACUGCGCGGGCCGGUCUUUCCAUGGCUCUCGGAGCCUUUUUGGCAGGGUUGCUACUCGCAGAGACUGAGUUCGCCCUGCAAGUAGAGUCGGACAUCGCCCCUUAUCGAGGCCUGCUACUCGGCCUUUUCUUCAUGACGGUGGGGAUGUCAAUCGAUCCACAACUAUUUGUUGCCAAGUUUCGUGAGAUACUUGGAGCUCUAGCUGCUCUUAUUAUUGGAAAAACUGUGUUGUUUGCUGCUGUGGGUCGUCUCUUCGGACUUUCCACAAUUGCAGCAAUUCGAGCUGGGUUGCUUCUUGCUCCUGGAGGAGAGUUUGCGUUCGUAGCUUUUGGAGAGGCUGUGAAUCAGGGAAUUAUGACCAGCGAAGCGUCGUCUCUGUUAUUUUUGGUAGUGGGUCUCUCGAUGGCUCUGACUCCAUGGCUUGCAGCUGGAGGCCAACUGAUUGCUGCUCGAUUUGAACAAUCAGAUAUGCGAAGUCUCCUGCCGCAAGAAAACGAGACUGAUGAUCUUCAAGGCCACAUCAUUAUUUGCGGUUUUGGACGCGUUGGACAGAUUAUUGCACAGCUUCUGUCAGAACGCCUGAUUCCGUUUGUGGCACUCGACGUUCGGAGUGAACGCGUCGCUGUUGGACGAGCACUUGAUCUUCCUGUCUAUUUUGGAGAUGCAGGGAGCAGAGAGGUUCUUCAUAAGAUUGGUGCUGACAGGGCAGCUGCAGCAGUUAUUACUCUAGAUACUCCAGGGGCAAAUUAUCGAACAGUUUGGGCUCUCAGCAAACAUUACCCGAAAGUCAAAACUUUUGUUCGCGCUCACGAUGUUGACCAUGGCAUCAAUCUCGAGAAGGCCGGAGCGACUGCGGUUGUUCCGGAGACUCUGGAGCCCAGUUUACAACUUGCAGCCGCAGUCCUUGCACAGGCCAAGGUACCAGCAUCUGAUAUUGCAUCGGCGAUCGACGAUUUCCGUAGUCGUCAUCUUUCUGAACUCACAGAGCUUUCGGAUAAGAGUGGGACGUCGUUGGGUUAUGGAUUCUCCCGCGUCAUGGUAAAGCCAAAGCAAGAUAUAAAGAUCAUACCCGAUGAAGAGGUGGUGGAACCAAAACUAGAUGGCGGUAUCAUUGCUGUUCCCUAAGCAAGUGGCAUGUACAUCUACAAGCUAGGAUUUGUAAAUCUUCGAAGGCCUUAAACUUCUUGAGUCGAUGUCGAAGCAUUGACGAGGAUGUGGCUGGCUGCAAACGCCGUCAGAUGCGUCUGCACACACUAGAAUUCUUGUGAUAUGGAAGUUUCAUAUCGGGAAAGAAGUAAAGGAAGGUGAGUCUGCAGACUCAUAGUAUGUUUGGAGCAGGUAGUUGACUACACGUUGAGUGGCGUCAGUUCAAAUGGAGAUUAGGGGUUUGGAAAUAAGAUUAGCACAGCUUUCUAGAUCUGACAUCCCAUUUGGGAAGACGAUCGGAAGGCCCAACAAUAAAGUUGGACGGUUGUACAGUAAGUACAGUAUAUCUCCAUAUUUCGAGUUAGCAUGUACAUGUAAGGUACACCUCUCCUUGUCCAAAGAAGGAAGUUGGGGAGGAGUGGCUGUCAAACGCAAUGUCGAUAAUUCUUUGGCAAAGUGUAGGUUUCAGUGUAGUUUGUUACAGUUGACCUGCAGGUUGUUGGCAUAAGACUUGCCUACAGAUGUUGUUUUUGCCUCCUUGUUUUUUACUGCAACAAAAGAGAGUGUAACCAAUUCGACGACGCUUACGUUUCAAGCAUUGAAAGUCUUCGAGUCCCU